AUGUCGUCCGGCCUCUUCCCGCAGAUCGCGGCCCUGUGCUCCUGCUUCGGCUGUCUGGUGCUUGCCAAUCCCGAGCCGGCAGUCUCCGAGCGCGAGGUCAAGCCUGUUUCCCAGGCCUCCCCAAGCCAGCAGCCGGUUUCGCCAGAGUCCAUCCAUGUCUUUGAGCCCUGGAUGCAUCCGCUCGAGGCCCUCAUCAAGAUCGCCAUCAACGAGCCCGACUGCCUCGCCAUCUACACCAACGAGGGCCCCGAGCCCCAGCGAUUCACCUACCGCCAAGUCUGGGACCACGCCUACUCGAUCGCUAUGGGUCUCAAGGCGCUGCCCGCCUGGUCAGACGACAUCAAGGUCAUCGGCCUCUAUAUCGACACAGAGGCUCACUGGGUCUACUAUACUUAUGCCGUCUGGAUUCUCGGAAAACAAGUCAUCAACUUUGCCCUCAACUGGCCUGCAAACACCCGCCGCGAGAUCUGCCAAAGACUGGGCAUCAAGAUACUGCUUCAUGGAGCCGCCAAGCCUGGAUACACCGACUAUAUCGAGGCCGUCGACGGUCGCACCUUCCCCCUCCUUGAGAGCAUUCCCGAGCCGUCCUUGUCCCUCUGCGCUCCUUUGGAAGAGUAUGUUGCCUUCCUGAGCACUUCCGGCACCACAGGCAUCCCAAAAACCUUCCCAGUGUCCCACAAGUUCCCAGCGGCCGGCCGCGGCUCUUGGCCGGGCUACUAUGUCUCCACCGCCGUGGUCAACAAACCCUCCUUUGUCGCCGGCAUGGCCCGCAUGGUCGGCGGAGCCAACGUCAAGUCCUCGCUGUGGUUUCCCAAGUCCACGACAAAUAUCGUCCAGCAGUCCGCCGAGAUCGUGCGCCUUCUCGAUGACGGCCUGGAGGAGCUCGGAGUCACUCCGUCGGUCCUCAAGCUCAUCUUCACGUUUGCGCGCCAGAAGGACAAGAACAAGGUCUGGCCCGCUGUCAAGAACAUUUCUCUGACCGGAGAGAGUGUCUCCACCGCACUCGUCACCGAGACCCUCAAGAUUUGUCCCAACACCAUCAUCAGCUGUGGAUAUGGUUCCAGUGAGACGGGCUUGUUCCAAGCGAUCGCCUACUGCAUCAUCCGGCCGGGCCCGACCCCCGAGCGCCUGGUCUACACUCUCAAGAAGCCCAACAUUCGCUGUGUCGUGCUCAAUGAAGCAGGCGACAUUGUCACGGGCGACUAUCCACAGAAAGGCAUUCUCUGCUAUGCCAUAAGCAAGGACGACCCGCUCGCCAAGCUCACGGUCUUUGCCAAUACCGAUCCGCGCGACAAACUCGCCUCCUUUGGCCAUCUUCCCGAUGGCUCUCCGCGCAUCUGCACAUUGGACGAGGCCGAACUCAUUCGGGAGAAUACCUUUGUUGUUCUGGGCAGAUUCGGCCGCAAGAUCAAGAUCAAUGGUGUCUUUGUCGAUCUCCAGUUUGUCGAGGAUCUCUUGACCGAGAAGAUGGCCGCCAUGAUCACGGGCUGUGCCGUCGUGCAGACCUCGGACCAAAAGAUCACCAUGCUCUAUGUUCUGUCGCGGCGGUCUUCAGCUCCAAAGCUUACCACGCGCCAGAUCCUCGACAUGGCCGGUACCAUCCUCGCCUUUGAAAACAUCGUCAGCGUGCCCAUCAACAACUGCAUCGAGCUGAGCGAGAUGCCCUACAACGACUCGGGCAAGCGCGACCUCAAGCGUCUCAAGCGCCUGGCGGACCAAGCCGGCUACUACGGCCUUGCCAUCACAUACGACCCGCUCCCAACCAACCAGAGCUCGCCCGAGGUCUCGAUCGCUCUCCGCGUUGCCCGCAUGGGCUCUGACAUCCUCGGCGUCGACAUGUUUGACGGCCGCAACUACUACAUUGCCGGCAUUGGAUUUGACUCGCUCACGGCCGUGCGCCUCUCGCUGGCCAUCCGCGAAGAGUACGACGUCGAGGUGCCGCCCCACGUCCUCCUCGCCCACGGCAUGACGCCCAAGUCGGUAGCCAAGUUUAUCCUGGACAUUCAGGAGAAGCGCAACUUUGCCCUCCCCUCGGUGAAUCUGGCCUUUGAGGUCGAGAAGCUCGACCAUGAGCGGAUCGCUGCCAGCGGCCUCCCUCCCUUCGAUCCUGCCGCUACCCCAAAGGCGAUCGUCCUGACCGGUGUGACGGGUUUCCUCGGCGCCUUCCUGCUCUUUGAGCUCGCCAAGGUGUUCCCUAGCAGCGACAUCAUCUGCCUGGUCCGCGCCAAAACCGACGCGGAGGCUCUGCAGCGCAUCAGGGACGUCACCAGCAACUUGGUGUGGUCCCUGCGCACCAGUCCACGGCCCGAUUUCGAUAUCUGGGAACGGGUCAAGCCCGUCUGCGGCGAUCUGGCCCUCGAGAACUGGGGGCUCAGCCCGCAGCGAUGGAACCAGCUCGCGAUCGAAGCCGACAUCAUCGUCCACAACGGCGCCCAUGUUCACUGGCUCUACCCAUACGAAACCCUUGUCGCCACCAACGUCAUCGGCACGGCCACGGGUCUCAAGUUGGCAACCACACAUCAUCUCAAGGCCUUCCACUACAUCUCCACCAUCGGUGCUAUUCCCAACAUGCACGAGUCCAGCGAAACCGUCCUGGCCGAGAAGAUCUACACGGAUUGGACCGUCUCUGGCGGCUACAAUCAGACCAAAUGGGUCUCGGAGCAGCUUGUAAACCGGGCUCGUUCCCGUGGCGUUCCUGCGACCAUCACUCGCCCCAGUAUCAUCGCGGGCGAUUCACGACAUGGAGUGUCCAACUCAGACGACUACAUCUGGCGCUACGUCAAGGGCUGCAUCCAGCUCGGCAUCACCCCGGCCCACGCCAGCAGCGUCUGCAUGAACCUCAUCCCCGUCGACAUUGUUGCCCAAACGAUCGCCAAGAUCGUGUCGACGCCUGAGUCGCUCAACCUCUUCGUCUUCCACAUUUACGACCGCGAGAACCGCUCCUUUGGCGAGCACGACAUCUUCGAGGUCGUUGCCAGUCUUGGCUGGAAACUCACCUUCGAGAGCCGCGAGCAGUUCAAGAGCCAGCUGCGCGACGCCAGCUACAGCCAGGACCAAGUCAACGCCCUGCUCCCGCUCAUGUACGUCGUCAUGACCAUGACCUACAACCUCGACAAUGCCAACACCGUGGCCAUCGCUCCGUGCUCGCUGCCCCAUCCCGCCAACACCGUCGCCAAGUGUCUCGAGUACUUGAUUCGUGUGCGCUACCUUCCUCCGCCCAGCAAGCCCCCGUCGCUGCGGCUUGUGGACAUGAGCGACUUUGGCAACGCCGUCGUCUUUGGCCGCACCGGACGCAAGUAGUCAGCCCACACCCCCCUGUGCCUAGUUUGGUUUGAUUCGAUCUGGUCAAGUUCAGUCCAAUCCAGUCCAGUCCAGUCCAGUCCAGUCCGGUCGGUCUGGCAAAGAAGGGAGUACUGCACCAAGACGUAUUGGCCUCCUAACUUGUCGCAGCAUCCAUCAAUCCACUUGGCACAUAUUUCCCAAUCCCAUCACUCAGCCGCGCACAGGUUGCGCCCGAGAUGGCCUCUUCUUCUUGAC